AUGUUCCUCUUUGCCCCAAAACACAAGACCUCUGUCAGCAGUUAUGCUGACUCCUACUGCCUGCUAUGCUCUGUCAAAAAGACCAUCAAAGAGCAGGCUCCACUGCAGCUCUGGAAAGAAAACAAGUUUGUGACGCAGUCUCUAUUAACAAUGACCCUGGUGCAAAAUUUGGUGAACCAAAGUCAGCCUGAACAGCUGAUUAGGGUGGAGAUGCAGGAGUACUACAGGAAUGUCAUCAACCCUGUUGUCUGGCCAGGUCUGAAGAACACAGUUUUUGUCAAUGAGGACAAAUACAUCACAUGGAGAAUGGCUUCCUACAAUAGCACAGCCUGGAAUAAGCACCCCUCCGACCUCUCCCUCCUGCCCAAGGAGAUGAGAAUGGAGACCUUCUUGUGCAGCAUACCUAGGGAGGUGGCCACUGACAUGCUGCGCAAGCUGUUCUCACCACUGUCCCUGUAG